AUGAGCUCUGCGGCCGAUUCUGAAUAUCCUCCCACCGUGGGCGAAAAGGCAUGUGUCCAAAUCUUUCCUCAUCUUCUUAAUCUCCAUCUUAUACCAAGCCCCCUCCUUGACCAUAUCACUACAGACUCCCCCGAAGAUUCUUAUCCGGACUUGGACAAUCCCGCGAAGUUAGAAAAUACCGAGAACACCGGCACGCCAGACCCAGAGGUUAAGGGCGAGGAUAACGAAUCUGUGACAAUCGUGGAGGAUUACCCCUCUACUCCUGUCUCAACGAUGGACUCUUCAAUUCCGGCUCUACCUUUGACAGGGGAUAAUCAGGGGGGUUCAGCGUCCUUGCCUCCCACCCCCGAAGAGCCUGAGUUUGAUGUUAGUAAGGAGGCAGAAAUUGCGAGUCUCCCUCCACCUAUCGAAGCCGAAGGGAGGCCAUUAGGUGGUGCUGACGAACCCAAGACUGAGGUUAAGGAAGACGAUAAGGCAUAUUCGGAACCCGCCGAGGGGAAAGGGCUAGUUGAGGCCGAUGAGAAGAUCGAGGUACCAGAAUCACUGGAAACAGGGCAGGAAUCGUCUGAGGAUAAAGUGGUUGACUUGAAAACUGAAGGGGAGAGCUUGGAAACUCCAUUGGGUGAGAUAGAGGAGGCAUCUACUCUAGAAGCCGCUAUCUUGGAACUAAAUUCUCCGGAAGCCGCUGCGGCAGCGGGUGGAGGGGUGUCGGCUGCUGUCGAUGAGACACCGACCUCAUUGGAUGGUUCCGAUCUCAAGACCGAAGUAUUCAAGACUGCCGAGCCUGCUGGGGAGAAUGAUGGCGAAUCCGGAGAUACUCCAAUAUCUGAAGUGGCUGAGGAUGUUAUUGAGAAGUCUGUUGAGGCUGAGAAGUUGUCGCUAGACAAUAUUGACCCCAGACACCAAGAUAAUACUGAGGCUCAAACUAUCCAGGAUUCCGAAUUUGCAAUUGAUGAGCCCAAAGCCGAAAAGGUUGCAUACGAGGAUGGAAAGGAUAACAAGGUUCAGCGGGGGUACGAGGCCGGGGAGGCAGAGUACCCGGAGGUCACAGAACCCGUUAUGAGCAGUAGAGAUCCUAAUGCCAAAGCCACUGAACACGUCCCCGAUGCAGUUAUGGAGGCAGUGAUUGAGAAACACGAAGAUGAAGAAGUUAAGCCUGAGGCUGAGGAAACCGAUACUGCGGUUGGUAGUUAUGAGCCCAAACCAGAGUCUGAAGAAGCGGUUCCAGCAGCAGAGGCAGAUCCUGUCCCACCCCCCAAGAAGGAUUCUGUUGCGGAGGGUUCUGGGAUGGCCCAAUCGGAGGCCAAAUAUUCGGAGGCUGAAAAUGCUCCUGAGCUGGCUGCGUCAUCUGAGGCUGAAGAGACUGAGGAGAAUAGGCCUGAAAUUAUUGAGGCCGCUGAUGCCGAACCGGAAAAGGAAAACCCGCUAUUGGACAAGGGUGCGGAAGUUACUGAAGAAUCACCCGACGAAGUUGGGGAUGAGCCCAAGAAAGAAUCCGAGGUACUUAAUGAGGACCCUGAGGAAGAGGCUAAGGAGGAAGUAGAGCCCAAGACACCUAAGCCUACAGAAGCCGAAUCACCCGCCGUGGACGUUUUACUUCCGACUGAACCCCCAAAAGAAGAUUUUUCAAUUUACUCUACUGUCGAUGAAGAUGCAACUGGUUCUGAGCCUGCUAAGGAAUCAACCGAAGGUGCUAUGGAAGAACCAAAACCGGAGGCCAAUGAGCUUGUUGAAGCUGAACCACAGGCUGCGGGGGUGUUACAUGUGGCCAAACCCUCACAGGAGGAAGAUGAUUCUCCUCUCGUUGAGGUCGGCGUGGAGGCGGAGCCGGGAUAUACGGAGGAACCCGAGGAAAGUAAGGGGCUUGGAACAAAAUAUGAGGUGGAAGAAGGGCCUAAGUCCGAGGCCGCUGAAAUCGCUGAGCCUGUUAAACCAGAACUCACAGUCCCAGAUGCCCUCCCACACACCGAAGCUCCAAGAGACGUCGAAAUUUCCUCCAUUGACGUAGAUGCUAAUCCCCAGUCUGAGCCAACCGAGGAGACUGUGGACUUAGGUUCGGAGGAGCCAAGAGCACUGCAAGGAGCCGGAACGCUGGUUCCCACGGGAGCGUCGGAGGGUGAGGAAACUACCAAAUCUGAGCCUGUGACCGAGUUAGGGCCUAAGGGAGUGCCUACCGUAAUUGUGGAAAAGACUGUCGAGAGCCAACCCAGUUAUGGCGAAGAUCUUGGGCCCGGUGCUACUGAGGGACAAAAGGAGGCGUUUGAGAUGCGAAAGGCGGAUGCUGAACCAGAUGAAGUUAUCGUGGUGGAGGAGCUCCCUCCGCCGCAGAUUUUACCAGUUGAGGGAGGUACCUUUGGGUCAGCUCCUGAUAAUUUGGAAGAAGUGUCUUCUGAGACAAUGAAUGAGAUCAGUGCCGAGCCUGCCACCAGUCCCGCGGCCAAUCUCGCGGCCAACGGGGAGGACGAGGAUCUUGCACAGGAUGAGCCUGUUGUUGUUAGUCACGGCGAUGCUCCCCUGGACGAUGUUGAGAGAGCGGAGGCGGCCGUUGAAUAUCCCAAACUAGAUCUUCAAGAGGAAGUAGACGAGGCGCCAAAAGGGAUAGAAGCUGAGAAAGAUGACGAACUACCUGUUUCACCUGAGCAAGCACGGAUGGAAGUUGAGGGGAUAGAGGCAGCCGCAGGAUCAUCGUCAUCGGACAAACUACAGUUGUUUGAAAACUCUGAGCGAGCUCCCACCCCCGAAGUUGUGAAGGAAGAAACCUUAGAGGAAUCCAAGACUGAGGAGUCGGAGGUCAUGGCACCAACGGAGGUGAAUGGUGAGGCUAAGGAACCGAUAUCGUCCAAGGAGUCAGAGGAGACCCCUGUUGCUCAGGAGAUUGCUCAUCAAGUAGAACCGGUUGGGGAAACAUCUGAAGAAAGUGUGGCGGGCUUUCCUGCUGGAUCUGGUAUUAAGUUGAAUCAGGAUUCCCACGAAGGUGUUACUUCUGACCUCACAACCCCGAAAGACACUCCGCAGGUGGUAGAAGAGGAUAAUCCUUCCGAACCCGUUAGUGUCGAACCUUCGGAAACUCUGCUGCCGGUCACAGGAGACGCUAAGCCAACUACGCAGCCGGAAGCCUCGGCGGAGUCUCAACUUGGAGAGCAAAUGUUUUCCGUCAGCCCCUUGCCUGAUUCAAAGACCUUUGGCAACCCCAUCGAUCUCCAACCUGGAGAACCUAUCCCAGUUUGUUUGACCGAAGCUUCUGUGGCUGAUGAUGUUAAAUUAGAUGAGGAAAUUUCCAAGAAGUUCUACGACAAGGCUCCGGUUUCUGAAGAGGCGAAGGUUGGGGUUGAUCCUUAUGACAAGACGGAAGCUGGUAAACACAGUUCAGAAAAGACUUCCCCUGUUUCCGCUUCCCCUACGGAUCCUAGGGUUGGGGAUGUUGGAUCGCCGGCUGUAGGUGUACCAACCAAGUCCAUACCUUCAACAUUCCAGGAGCAGGUUCUUCCUGUUGAGGUUUCGUUCACCACCCCGACCAGUUCGAAGGAAUUGUGUGAACCCCCUGUUUCGAAGACCGAGAUUGGGCCUGCCCAUCCAGUGGAGAAAUCGACAGAGGAAAUAAUCAAGCAUGCCGGUACAGAAUUUCUGGACAAAAAUUCCUCACUGGCCUCCGUGAUCGACAUCCCCGAUGAAUCAGCAUUCAGCCUAUCGGUUGGGAGAUCGGUGUCUGAUGAGGGUGAUAAAGUCAUUGCUGGGCCCGCUCCUCGGAAUGCCCCAUCGCCUAUUCACGGCGUUGCGGCUCCAGAAGAACAUGUUCCGGAAGUUCUGAAAGACACUGAGACAUCGGAGACGCCGGCGAUUGUGGUCUCAGCUCCACCCAACCCGGUCGCUGAAUCUAGCACUGCAGAAGACAUUCAGGCUAGUUCCUCGGAGGUUGUAUUUGACGAAGCGUCGGCAAAUAAGGCUCGAGAAUCAGAAAACACCCCCGAAGGUGUCCGCAGACGCAAAGCCCCCGGCCCCGGAGGCGAGGUGUCCCGUCCUACUAGCAGUGGUACCGACACCGUCUCCACCCUACGUCACAAAAAUAUCAUGAACGGAUUCUGGCAUGUCGUCCUCUUUGGGUGGCUUGGAGGGUUCGGAAGAUUCUUCGGAGGAAUUUUUUCGAAGUCAAGAUUGAGGAAGCAACGCAAGUAGUAGACAAGUAAGGUAGUAGGAGAAGCCAGGCCACCGAGGGGGGGGGGGGUAGUCAGCAGUAAUGACUGGAUGGCUGGCGGUUUUCUUUUCCGUUUUCCUUUUCUACUAACCUUUCAUCCAACCUAACUUACUUUCCAUCUCCGGUGAACUUCGAUGUACUUUACCCUGCGGUUUUUCUUUGGAGGGCGGUUUUUUAUGUCAAUUCUUGUUUUCCUUACGUUCUUCCAGUUUUACUUUUCAUAUUCUGUCACUCGCCUUGGUAGUGUUAUACCCUACGUUACGCUCGAGAUUGUUGAUUAGCCGCACAAAUUAUGGCAGCCAAUUCGUCAUUAUUUCUAAGUAGGUUGAUUCGCAUUGGUGGAGGAGCGGCAGAGAGUGCGGGGGGAGGGAGGAUUAAUUUCUUGUCUAUUUUUCUCUCCCUCGAACUGAUUGAAUUAUUCCGACUGGCCUUUUUCUGAGCCAGUAUUUUUGUUGCAUUUGACGAUUUUCACCCGACAUUAAUGAUAUCAACUUCCACGACCGCCUU